AUGACCGCAGGGCACCGAGACGAGAGGCCGGAUAGGGAGGGCGGCAGCGAGCGCGACGAGCACCUGAACCGCGUGGUGCAGUCUGUGUCGGACGCGACGAAGCGGCUGUCGCAGAUCUCGAACAGCAGCACAGCGCACACCAAGACCGGCAAGCGCAAGAACCGCGACACGGUGGGGCCGUGGAAGCUGGGCAAGACGCUGGGCAAGGGCUCGUCGGGCCGGGUGCGGCUGGCGAAGAACAUGCAGAGCGGAAAGCUGGCGGCGAUCAAGAUCGUGCCCAAGCGCAACGUGCGUCACAACCAGAAGCAGGUGACUGCGCUGCCGUACGGCAUUGAGCGGGAAAUCAUCAUCAUGAAGCUGAUCACGCACCCGAACAUCAUGGCGCUGUACGAGGUGUGGGAGAACAAGUCGGAGCUGUAUCUGGUGCUGGAGUACGUGGAGGGCGGCGAGCUUUUCGACUACCUGAUUGCACGGGGCAAGCUGCCGGAGCAGGAGGCGAUACACUACUUCAAGCAGAUCGUGCAGGGCGUGUCCUACUGCCACAACUUCAACAUCUGCCACCGGGACCUGAAGCCCGAGAACCUGCUGCUGGACAAAAAAAACAAGACCGUCAAGAUCGCAGAUUUCGGGAUGGCGGCCCUGGAGACGACCAACAGGCUGCUGGAGACCUCCUGCGGGUCUCCGCACUAUGCAUCGCCGGAGAUUGUCAUGGGCCAGAAGUACCACGGCUCGCCCAGCGACGUGUGGUCGUGCGGCAUUAUACUUUUUGCUCUCUUGACGGGCCACCUUCCUUUCAACGACGACAACGUCAGGAAAUUGCUGUUGAAGGUGCAACACGGCAGGUACCAGAUGCCUAGCAAUGUAUCAAAGGAAGCAAAGGACCUAAUAUCCAAGAUCUUGGUUGUGGAUCCGGAAAAGCGCAUUACUGUCGACAAAAUAUUGGAGCAUCCAUUGUUAGUGAAGUAUGACAACCCUGGCAAAGGCGGCCUGGCCUGCCCCCUUGAAAAGCCAGAGGAGCGUCCAAAGGUUCUGGAUAUACAUUCAAUCGACGACAUUGAUGAGACUAUAUUGAGCAAUCUGCAAAUUCUGUGGCACGGCGCCCCAAAGGAGUAUCUGGUGGAUAAGCUCCUGCAGUCGGGGUUCACAGAGGAGAAGCUAUUCUAUGCGCUACUUCUUAGGUACCAGCAGAGACAAUCGGUUGAACCGACAUCUGUUCCUAGUAAUAUGGCUUCGACGAAUGGUAGUGGUGCAUUUGCGAGGGCCUCUAACAACGAUCAGUCUGUCAUCAAUGCCCCAAAAGUAACACAAAAGUCACAGUUUUCCAUUAAUUCAUUGUUAGUUUCUCCAAAGAAGACGAGGGAGGGAUACGUUGCCUCUUCUUCGAGGGUCUUCAAACACAGUGUGUCUAGGCGGUCGUUACACGUAUCGCCAUCCCCUAUGAAGAGUUCCACCUCUUGCAGGUCACUAAAAAGUUCGUCUUCCAAACGUCUUCAAUCUCCGAAUCCAAAGGCCAUAACUCAGCCCGUUAAGGUGACGUCUCCCCAACCAAGAAGAAGAACACUGCAUAAUUCCGCUUCUAAACGGUCGCUCUAUUCUUUAACCUCAAUCUCGAAACGCUCCUUGAACUUAAAUGAAUUCCUUCAAGAGGCCAACGAGGUUAAAACACCGAAGCUACCUUCGAUGCCAUUACAGGACCAGCCAAGAAGCGAGGCUCCGAAAACUCCAACAAAAACAACGUAUGGAGCUGAUUCACAUGGCGGAGAGAAACCCACCUUUAUCUCGGUGUUGCAUGACUGCCCAACUGUGGAUUCAGAAGGAAUGGUGUUCAAAAGCUCAUCUGGAACUCCUAUGAUAGCAGCCAAUGCACCAAUAAUUCAACCUGCUUUUAUUUUUGGUGUUGGGGCAUUUCCCGGUACUAAACAGCCCAGUUCAAAUUCUCUCUCUAAGCCGUCGUUGAACAGCCAAUCAAGUCCAAAGCAGGCUCAAGAGGCGACGGCAAAUUCAAUGAGGGAAACUAUAAGGGAUCGGCAGACUCUUGUAGUGGAGAAAAGAGUUCCUUCUAAGACGGAAUCUGUGCCACCUGCUUUUCCACGUGUUAGACCCAUAAUGGAGCGAAAACAUGGUAGUGAUCUGACACUAGUACGGGAUACUCGUUCAGUAGCAAAAGAAAAGCGCUCAUCUUUAUCCCUAGAUCCGCGGAGGACCGCUCCAGAACCUCCCAGAGGAAUAGAAACACUGCUUAGAAGAUAUAGCCUAAAAAAUUCUAUCAAGAGCAGGUCUUCCCUGAAGAAGAAAAGGGAUAGUGGGGCGUGGUCAAUUACAGACAAAACUAUCUUCCAGGAUCUGGGACAGGUACCCGAGGAUGAGGAGCAAGAAAAGGAUAGUGAAGAGAAAGGAAAUGAUACCUUUAUUUCCACUACAGAAACAAGCGAUACCCCAUCCUCCAAAUUCAAAGUCACUACUAGCACACCAAUAAAGAAGGAUGAUGCUACUGCUAUUUCAGCUGAAAAUGCAGCUGUGGGCACUGAGCAGUCAGGAAGCGAAGAUGAAGCGACCAAUUUUGAUUCGAAUGCACACUCCUAUCCUAUCUCAACCGACUUAAAGACUGAAGAUGAUUUGACACCUAUCAAGCCCCAGGGCCAAACAGACCUAUUGAGAAUGCCUUCUUCUUUUAUGAACUCAUCGAACACAUUUGCGAACUUGAACAACUUUAUCUCAAAUAUAGAUAAGGAGUAUAGCCCUGAGAAUUCUGAUUCAGGGCGGAUCGAGAAAGACGAGCCAGCAGGCAAGGCCCAACCUGAGCAGAUAACUGUGAAAAAACGGCAACGCACUUUGGCGCCAGGUGGUUAUUUAAGUCCAUCUAUUCCGCGGAUGGAAAGUGAAAAUAGUCUCAAUCAGGAACUCGGUUCUCGAAUUUCUGAUCUUUCUGACUUAUCUUUUGCAAACGAUAUGCCGACUUACACGAAUACUGCCCAUGCUGUGAGCAUAUCCCCUGGAACGCGUAAUGUGUGCAGUUUUUCGCCCCUCGAACCUCGAUCACCACAAGAUGUAAGUAACAAUGGGAAAAUGAGGUCUAACCUCCAUAUUCCUCUACGCCAACUCUCUGAGGAUAUGUGUGACAAAACUAUAACUACACAGGAGGGCGAAUCUGUUAAUAUAUUCGAGGAUGCCCCGGAAGAAGAAGGUUCUCUUACGACAAGCACAAGUGGCUCCGUUCCGAAUAUCCACCAGAAAGCGAUAUCAAUUGACACCAUGAACACAUCAUGUGCAUUAGUGCCAGUAAGUCAUGUGAGAACAAGCAUUCAUAUGAAUGGUGAUUCUUCAGUAUUGGAUUGGAGUACUUCAGAUGGAAUCCUAUCUAAAGCUCGCCCUCUGCCAACUAGCAACCAUGUGCGUAAAAAAUCUGGAAACAGGCUCUCAAACAAUCUUACGUUAAGUAAGAGCAUGAUGUCUAUGUUCAAGAAUCUUGACCAGAUAAAUGUGACCGAUAUACAAGAUCCUAUGCCAGUUUCAGAUCUCUUGAGCAAGGGAGUUGAUCCAAUCGAGCCAAUUGAGCCAUUAAAAAAUGACCAGGUAACGCUUAAAGCGGAGUCUAUCGGCGCAGAAAGCGAUAGCAUUAAUAUGGAUCUGGCCGACCGAAAGCAUGUAACCAUUUUUCAUGAUAACGUUUCCGAUAAAAACUUUAAAUCUACGCGUAUGGAAAACUCUGACAAGGGAUCUCUGGGGUCUGGGGCCCCACAAGCAACCCACUUGUUUCAUACCGGGAAUAAGGACAUGAAGAGCCACGAAACACUACUAAGUCCAAUAACUGAAACACCAGCGGCUGCUCUCUCUGCUACCUCUCUAACUCGCAAGGAGAGCAUAUCUUCGGAUGGGAAAUCUGUUAAAGAUGAGACAAAAAAGUCAGGUAAGGGGAACUGGUUUAUGAGGCUGAUAAUGUCAUUUACCAAACCCAAGAAGACUGUUAUACAGGAACACAUGACAGUGUUGCCUUUUGAUGAUGUUAACAUUAUAACACUCCAACAGUUCAGUUACCAAGGAGUUGAAUAUGAGAUUAGACAAAUGGAGAGAAGAAAAGACAAACAAAAGGUAGAAUACGAUUGCCGCUUAUUAGAUGGCGAUUUCAAGUUUAAAAUUAAUAUUUAUGGUGAAAAUAGCGCAGCAACCAAGGUGUCUGUCAAGCAAAAGGGAAGAAGUGAUGAGUUAGCUUUCACAAAGUUGAACACAGACAUUGAGGCACUCAUUAAAGCAAAGGAGAAUGCUGCAAAUGUAAAAUAG